AUCUUAACAUGGCUUCUCAUUCCAUCAAGAUUCUACCUACUUCCCAAAGGACCUAUCAAGUGCUUGGAUGUAAUAUAUGGCAAUUCCACUUUGCCGUGUUAGUCAUUGGCACUCAUAGAAGACUUGCCACAUAUGCUUAUAAGCCUGGCGUCUUAACAUAUUCAUAGGAUAUUAUGUAGACUUUGCCUGUGAGAUCUAUAAAGACUUCAAGCUUAUGUUGGCCGCUUGUAUACUUCGUGUCUAUGAACCAGUUCACCGUAUCUCAUCAAAGGGUACUCAACAUCAGAAUCAAAAGGAUGUUUGCCGUUUUCACUGGAGUUGACAACAAUACAAACCCGUAUUAACGGUUUACCUGUGUAUUGACGUAUAAGGUUGUCUGGAACUACAACUGAGAUCUUUCCCGGCUUAAGUCCCAGCUACGCCCAGGAAGGGUCAAAAUCGAUCUCAACGGCUUUGUCAUCGUCCAAUAAUUUCAGCCGCAAAACCACAUGGAUACCCAGCCGCAGCCCAGCCGCGAGGGGCAGGGAAACCCUCAAAAUGAACGGGAUAAAAAGUUUAUUGAUCUGAGUUCUAUUUGUCUCACACAAGAUGACAUUGACCUACCUCUUCCACUAACUCCAACAGAAGAAGAGCCAUAUUCGCCCAUCGUUGAUGAUCCUGUUACCCAACCCAUUUCCGGUACUUCAUUAAACGAAGAGCAUCGACUUUGCCUCGCCGAAAUGGAGAGCGCUCGUGACAAGACUGAUCCGCCUCCUCUGAGCCAGAAGGUUGUCCUGGACUUCCUUCUCGCCGUCUGGGACCUAGUUGUGCUCUUCCUCUCCCCUGGCCCGGUCCAUGGCUUAAUUGCCAUGCUCAUCGCGGCUUUCUGGAUUUCGUGGCUCGGGCCUUUCGCUGUGAUCAUCGCCUUCAUUCUCACCCGCCACUGGCUGGUGAUAUCCACGCGUCAUUCUCAUGCCGCCACCUAUGGAGCCUGGCCUUCAACAAUGGACGCAUCAUGUCCGCAUUACUCCUUGAUUGUCUGUGGAUCGGGUGGCCACACGGGAGAGAUGAUUCGUAUGGUUGAACGUAGUAUCCGACCAGACGAGCUCUCUCACCGACGAUGGGCCAUCGGCUAUGGUGACCAAAUGAGCUACGACAAGGUCAUGGAAUUUGAGCAUUCCCUCGUACGCAAGUUUGGACAGCGACACAAGAUUGGCACCUUCGACAUCGAAUUCUUCCAUCGACCUCGUGCCGUUCACCAGAGCUGGCUGACAACCCCGUUCACCGCGCUCGUCUCCCUUGUCGAGAUCUUCAAGAUCAUGACUACCGCCCCCGGCCGCCACACGGCGACAGGAUCCCGGUAUCCCGGCGUGGUCGCUACUGACGGCCCCGGCGCUGGAUUCAUGUUCCUCCUAGCCGCCCACUGGCUCAAGAUGACCUUCGUCGUCCCCGACGAUUUCGUGAAGACCAUCUUCGUCGAGAGUUGGGCUCGUGUCAAGUCGCUGAGCAUGUCCGGCAAGUUAAUUAAGCAUUUCACUUUGGCCGACGUGUUCAUCGUUCAGUACGAGGGUAUUCUCCGCCGUCUUAGCCCCAACGAAUAUUAUAACCGCAACUUUGUUGUAAUGCCGGGCCUCCACAACCGUGCUCCAAAGCGUGGUAACCGGGCCUCGUAAGGUAAACUGGCAAUUAGCGCGGAUUAUUUGUGGGAAAAUUCUUCGGUCACGGCUACAUGGUUUAAGGUUCUUCAUGCUCAUGGUGAGACUUAUGGGUUAAAGUGUCCAUGAUGAUCGAAACAGGGGCUACGUUGCAUCACGUUGCAUUUUGCUUCAUCUCAGGCUGAGAAGACACACCUCAGCGUAGAUGAUAGCAUGAGCUCAUAUGAGGGAACGAGAAAGGAGCUUUUUGCCUUCCAUGAUGAUGAGCCCAGUGACCUCACGAAAGAAGGCAUGAUUCCAAUGGCCAAAAGCUUGAUUCAUAGUUGCAAUGAAUAACAAGAAGUACAUGAAAAUAUCUUACCGUAAGAGGGCUG